AAAAGAAGCUAUUAGUGUUGGGUCGGGAUACUAGUUUACGCUACUAUGCAACUUCGUGUUAAGAGUGAUAAAUCUAGGAUUAAAGUGUAAAUUUUGGAUUAAGAAUUAGGAUGUAAAUUUCAGGUAAGUAAAUGAUAUCCCACUGUAAUUAAUGUUCUGUUCCAACUACUUCCUCCACUCAUGAAAUGCUACCACUAAACUCCUUUAAGUUUAUUCCCAUCUCAAAUUUCACAGACACGGUAUAGCUUGUUUUAAAUUGAAGUGCAAGAAAAUUCAUGGCUUCUUCACCAUUCUCCAAUCUCCUUCUUUUCUCUAUUUUGUUUCUAACAUUUUGCAAUGCGUGUUUCUCUUCACAAUCACCUUCUCAUGAAAAAGUGUCUUCAGAAUCUGCUCCUGCUCAGAAAGUUUCCCUCUCUGUAUUCUGUGAUUCUUUCUCUGUCGAAUCUGCAAACUUCAUUCUGGUUAACCUGUCAAAAGUCCACGAAACCGGUCUCAGCGAAAUAGUAGAUCUCCGCCUUGUACCAUUUGGAAGUGCUGUUUUACUGAAGAAUGGGACCAUAACAUGUCGGUUUGAAUACGAGUGUCAGUUGAACAUACUGGAAGGAUGUGUGUUACAUUUUCUGCCUCCCAUUGAGCAAUACCAGUUCAUGUCUUGUCUCUCGGAUUAUGUUAUUCGACGAAACCCAGAUCUCUGGGAAUUUUGCUUGGAUAACAAAUAUGAGGAGCCUACUUUUAGCUGCAUCAAAUCUCCUUUAUCGCGAAAAAUUCAAUUACUAUAUGCAAAUGAAACAUCUGCACUCAACCCUCCUCCAGAAUUUUUUCCUUGGGUGACUAUAAAUCAAGCGGCUAUACCUCGGACUCUGGAUUUUGACAUUAUGGAAUCCAUCUGUAAGGCCUACACUGGUUAUUACGUAGUUUGUCAGAAUAUGGGAAUUAUGCCAGCAGAAGUGCCAAGUUUCCAAUCUCGGUCGUAACACUGCCCAGUAUCUAAUGUCCAUGAGGUUGUUGGAAAUUUAUGUCGGAUUAUUAUUACAUCUUUACCUCUAACUAAGAAUUUCCGAGCGAUAUGGACCUUGGUAAUGACAAUUGUAGUUGAUACUUAAGAUAUUACGUCAUUGUGUAUAUGAAAUCGUCAUUAGAGAUUUCAGAACUAGAACUUCUUGGAGUUGAAUUUCGUAAUAAAGAUAUAAGUGUUUUUAUAGAAUUCUUGUUUGUUUGGUAUAAA